AUGCCUGCUGAGCGAAACACAAGGUCAAGGGCCAACAAUGCGAAUCAACCUAAUUUGUGUCGUCCUCUUGCUCCUGCUGGCAAUUCAAAUACUCCGACGUUUGGGCCCCAGAGAGCGCCUACUCCUUACCCUUCUCACAUCCAAACACUAGAAGAGCACUUCAACACUGGCGUAAUAGAAAUGCUGACUCCUAUUUGGCCUAUUACAAAUCUCCAACCCCAGCAAAACUCCGAUGACUCUUCAAUGGAAUUUCUCAACGAAGGAGGUUUUUGCUAUCCUUUUUCCCCCAUCCCUAACAUCACUCAUCAUCCGUUCCUUAUUCCAGGAUCAUCUGAUUCUUCCCAUAAUGACGCCGUGAUCCUACACCAAUUCCCUGGCCCGUUGGAGAUCUCCCACAAUCAAUCCAAUGCUACCCCUGGAUCUUACCACAUUGCACCUGCACAAACCUUUCCUUCUCAGUCAUCAGCACUCAUCAAAUCCUCUACAAAUCCUGAUAGUCCCAUCGCUGCAUCCACUGAUUACGCCGACAUGCCUCCUCUAUCUUCCGACGUCUCGGACAAUGAAAGCCUCGAAUAUCCAUCUAAUCUGCAUCUCUUAGCCAACACCAGUGAGUAUGUCACUGCAUCCGAAGGACACAGCGACAACCCACAGGAGUUUGUAGUCUACAGCGACGACAUGGUUCAGCGACCUUCUGAUCCCAACAUCCAAGCCUGGUGA